UCUGCAGACGCUGAGCUCCUGGAGGUGAGGGCAGGAUGACCAGCGCAGAGAGUCCAGCUUCUUCAGCAGCGGUCGGAGAGAGCAGCAGCAGCACGUUUGAGUGUAACAUCUGUCUGGACACGUCCAGAGACGCCGUCAUCAGUCUGUGUGGACAUCUCUUCUGCUGGCCGUGUCUGCAUCAGUGGCUGGAAACCAGGCCGAGCAGACAGGUGUGUCCGGUUUGUAAGGCCGGCAUCAGUCGAGAUAAAGUGAUCCCGCUGUACGGCAGAGGCAGCACCGGCCAGCAAGACCCCAGAGAGAGAACUCCUCGGCGUCCGCAGGGACAGCGUCCAGAGCCGGAGAACCCAGCCGGGUUUCAGGGCUUGGGCUUCGGCGAUGGAGGCUUCCAGAUGUCUUUCGGGAUCGGGGCUUUUCCUUUCGGGAUCUUCGCUUCAGCGUUUAAUAUCAGUGACGGACGACCGCCUCCAGCAGCUCCAGGAACCCCUCAGCACACGGAUGAGCACUUCCUGUCCCGCCUCUUCCUGUUCGUGGCGCUCCUCGUCAUGUUUUGGCUGCUUAUUGCUUAAACGCUGACGAACUGUACGAUCAGGAUAAUCUUCAGAGAUCGCAGAAGUGUUCAGUUAUGAUUUUAAUAAACACCCGAGUCUGAUUUCUCUCCAGACGAAAUCAUUAAUGGAUUUGUCUUCGAUUGCCGUGCCUGAUAAUAUCACUCAGAACUCGUAUACUUCCUAACCAUAACAGUCAUUGACAAACAUUUCAUUCUGUUUAACAGUUUGGGCUUCUAAUGAAACUCCAGCUAAAUUAAAAAGAAAUGAAUGCAUUCACUGCAAGUUUGCACCAAGACCUUUAAUGCUGAAAAUAUAUUUUUAGAAAUGCAUUUAAAGAAAUGUAGCAUUGCUGUGUUUGUGGGUAAUAUCUGUGCACUUGAUGCAUCACGCCACGGCAGAAAAUCACCAGAACCUUGUUUCUUGCAGUGUGAUGUUUUACAAAACAGGGAUGUCUGCAGCAGUAAAUAAACCAGCGAGGGCAUGUAUUUGAGCACAAACUGAGAUAUUCACAGAAACAAAGCAUCUUUUAUUCUGAGAGACGCAGAGAAGUGUUUCAGGACCGAUCCUCAGCCUCCUGUACUUCAGUGUCACUGAUCAUCAACUCAGUUCUGGCUUUCUGCAGAAUUCUCAUGUUUCCGUGUUAUUGUUAGUUCUGCUGUCUUUGUUCUGAUUAUCAGAGAGUCACUUUUCCUUGAGUUCAUGCUUUUAUGAAUCAAAACAACAACAGACCGCUUCAUUUAGUCACCGCCAAACAUUAUAUUUAUGCUUUAUCUGGACUUCUCAUGAAAAUCCUCCAGUAAGUGGCGGUCUGCACCAAAACAUUUAACGCUGAAAAUAUGCUUUUUGAAAAAAUGACUGAUAAUAUGAAGACAUGUUCUGUAUCAGUUCUUCAGGUGUUUUCACUGAAUUGUGUUUGGAGUCAGAAGUGAUGAAUCCUGUCCGGACACACAGUUACCAUGUUUGACUGCUUACUGUUUCUUACAGUGUGAGAUUUGGGUCUUUUGCACCAAUUAAUAACUCCUCAAAGCU